AUGGCUGCCGUCGACGAGAUACCCACGUUUGGAGCUGAGCUCAAAGAUGGGUUCAAGCCUGCCAGCGCCUGGGCUGGCCAUGGCAUUGCCUGGCUCGACGAUAUCCAACAAUUCUACCGCGAACGGGCCGUUAUCGAGAAGGAGUACGCUGCAAAGCUUUCUGCCCUGGCCAAGAAAUAUUUCGAGAAGAAGAAUCGCAAGUCGUCGCCUCUCAGUGUUGGUGAUACUCCGGCCAUGACACCCGGUUCCCUAGAAAGCGCUUCUCUUACAACCUGGUCCACCCAGCUUACGACUCUGGAGUCGCGCGCUGCCGAGCACGAUCGCUUUGGAAAUAGUCUCGUCUCGCAAGUUGCCGAACCUAUGAAACAAUAUGCCGGUCGAUUCGAGGAGCUGCGGAAACGCCAUGUUGAAUACGCAGACAAGCUUGUCAGCGAGCGCGAUUCGUCCUAUGCCGAUCUACGCAAGGUCAAGGGCAAAUACGAUGCCGUGUGCCAGGAAGUCGAGGCUCGUCGCAAGAAGUCGGAAUCCCAUUAUGACAAGGCCAAGGCACAAAGCGCAUACCAGCAACAGGUUUUUGAGAUGAACAAUGCCAAGAACGCAUAUCUGAUUGCAAUCAACGUUACCAACCGCCUCAAAGAGCGAUACUAUCAUGAAUACGUCCCCGAGGUCAUGGAUAGUUUGCAAGAUCUCAACGAAUUCCGUACUUUGAAACUAAAUGGACUCUGGGAGGUGGCGACCUUGUUGGAGAGCGGCUUGAUGAAGGAAUCACACGGGAUGAUGGAAGACCAAUCGACCCAAAUCAAGCGCAACCUGCCGCAUCUCGACUCUAUGAUGUACAUUCGCCACAAUAUGGGAGCCUUCCAUGAACCCUCAGAUCUCGUAUUUGAGCCCAGUCCGGUGUGGCAUGACGACGAUGCCAUGGUGAUCGACGCUACAGCUACGAUAUACUUGCGCAAUAUGUUGACCAAAUCAAAGGCCUCAUUAGGCGACCUGAGACGGGAAGUAGACAAGAAGCGAAAGGACGUCGAAAACGCUAAGCGCGUUAAGCAGCGCGUCCGUGACGGCGCCGAAAAGAAGGACGAGGUGGAAGUCGUCCGGGUACUUUUCGCAAUGCAAGAAGUCCUUCACAACCUCGAUCGCCAGCGCCUUACUGCCGAGGUCGAGACAUCCACCAUCACCAACGUGGUGGGUGACGUUACCCUGGGCGCAAAGAACCACAACUUCAAGAGCCAGACCUUUAAGAUCCCAACCAACUGCGAUCUCUGUGGCGAGCGCAUUUGGGGUCUCAGCGCAAAGGGCUUUGAUUGCCGGGAUUGCGGUUACACCUGCCACAGCAAAUGUGAGAUGAAGGUGCCGGCUGACUGCCCCGGUGAGAAGAGCAAAGAGGAGCGUAAGAAGCUCAAGGCAGAGCGCCAGGAUUCCGCAAACAAGCUUCUAAAACCAGUUGCUUCCGGCUCCACGUCUAAUGUCUCCAAUGUCUCCAAUCCCUCUGAUGGACCAGACCUCAGUCGGUCAAAUACCAUGAACUCGUUGAGCUCACGCGAGGCGCAACGUUCAAUAUCCGGUCGCUCAGUGACUCCUACUGAGGAGUCCGCACCAGCACCUCGUCCGAGCGUCUCUUCAACCACUAGCACAGGCCCGGUACGGAAGAAUAGGAUAAUGGCCCCACCGCCUGCCGCUUAUAUUACGGAUAAGUCAGCUGGCUUCGGUAUGAACGGAGGUUCAAAGGAUGAGAAGAAAGGAAAGAUGAUGUACUCAUUCGACGCCACCGGCGACGGAGAGCUAUCGGUCCCUGAAGGCAGAGAUGUCGUCCUGCUUGAUGAAGACGAUGGCUCUGGCUGGGUCAAGGUUAGGUGCGGAGUGAAAGAAGGACUUGUCCCUGCCGCGUAUGUCGACUUCACGGCUGCCUCGGCUCCCGCGGCUGCGUCCCCCAUACCAUCGCCAACUGCGUCGACUGCCAGCUCAGUAGCAGCAGCAGCGAAGAAGAAACAGGGACCGGCGGUGGCCCCCAAACGAGGGGCAAAGAAACUUCGGUAUGUCGAGGCGGUUUACGAAUACGUUGCCCAAAGCGAAACGGAACAUAGCAUGGUAGAAGGAGAGCGGUUCGUACUCGUCAAGGACGAUCCUGGAGAUGGUUGGGUCGAGGUGGAGAAGGCAGGAGUCACUGGGAGUGUUCCUGCAAGCUAUGUCCAGGCUGUUUAG